AUGCCCUUUCCUCGCUAUGCCGACUUUGAGGUGCCGACCACCUUAACGAGCCAUGUGUGCUUGAAUCGGGCGAUCAUUGAUGUGAACUUCGAGGAUGUCACUGUGGAUCAGAAUGAUUUUAUCUUGAAAAGCUCUUACGUUCUCCAACGGCACACUGACCGAUGGCUUUACAGUCAUGACAUCAUCGAGAACCGAUGCUGGCGCUGGCCUCGGACGCGGCACUCACGUCGGAUCGACGCUUGGGAUCCGGACAAUGGUUUCAGGACGGAUGCCAUUCUCAAGGUGCAGGGGAUCAUUUGCAAAGGUGAUAUUUCUUCAUGGGGCGUGCCAUGCAUGCUUGCAGACGUCUCCCAAGCCGUAAGUAUUCACAAGAGCGAACCCAAUGAUCAGCUUGGAAUGGAUGUGAAGCACCGUCUCGGGCGCCUGGUAGUCCUGGCGAUCCGCCGGCAUGGCGCCGUGGACCGGGCGAACGCGGUCGCGAGGCAGCAGGGACUGGCAGCCAUACAGGUGAACGACGUGAUCGUGGAGGUCAAUGGGGCAACCUUAGACACCGGCAUGGUGGCGCAGUGCAAAUCUGCGGUGUUGCUCAAUGUGACCUUCAUCCGAAGAGAACACGGUUGA